AUGUCCAUGCUCUUUGCUGUGAACAGUCCGGAGCUCAGCACAAAACUCGUGUCUCAGUUCCCGGACUCUAACGUCGUCCAUGUUCCUUGUGUAGCCGAUCUACUGCUGCGCCUUUACGCCAACAGACUUUCUGGGUCAAACACAUACGAGCGUAACCUCUCUCUAGUGGUAUACCAGGAACCCGCUUCCACCUCCUCUGCUACUCCAGAAAGUGCAUUGAAUUCGAUUUCGGCAGAGGAGCUGUCAUGUUUGAUACAAAAGCAAUUUCCAUGCUUCAGUCUUAGCGUCACGACCCCAGCUAACGCUCUUGAAGCAGUUGGAGGCCUCAACACGCGCCGAACGAUGUAUUCAACCCGUUUGAACAGAGUCUCCACAUGGAUGUACAACGACUAUGCAGGCCCCGAUCAGCCAGGCGUCAAUGAUUCGGAAACUUGCGCUCACUCAAAAUCGGAUCACAAAUCUCAUCCUGCAUCUUCCUGUUCUUCAAACGUUUAUACCAUGCUUUCUCAUUUGACAAAGGUUCGUCGAAGCAGCGCUUGCAACCAGCGCAAGCCAUACUCGAAAAUGAUUUCUUCUGCAUUGGACCUUCGAAGCCUCAUCCACGUACCGCGAGGAAAUACUGACAAGUAUUACUGGGAUUUCCUAUCUACUUGGGAUUUUUGUGCCAUGCGCUUAAACACCAGCGAGCUAGUGUGGUGCAGUUAUUUGAUACUAGGCAAACUUGCCAGAGAUGCGGGGUUUGAAGUUUCAGAUAAUGAGCUAUUUCUUUUACUUCUAACACUAGAGGCAUCGUACCAUCAGGGCAACAAAUUUCAUAACUUUCGGCAUGCAGUCGAUGUCAUGCAGGCAACUUGGCAAUUGUGUUGUAGACUCAACUCUCAUUUUGACAGCAACGCUUCCGUUUUACUUGUUUGCGUGGCUGCUAUAGGUCAUGACGUCGGUCAUCCAGGAACUAAUAAUGCGUUGAUGUGUGAUCCAUUAUCACCAAUAGCCAAACUAUACCAAAAAAAAUCUGUUCUGGAGAACUUUCAUACUGAAAUCUUUUCAGACAUACUACGGGACCAUUGGCCACGGAUUCUGGAAAAGCAAAGCGUUAUUUCAGAUACCAUUUUGGCUACUGAUAUGGCACUUCAUUCGCAGUAUGUGGAUCAAAUGGAUACUUCUUCAUCAAAGCACCCAACUUUGCUCUCACUGAUCAUCAAAGCAGCUGACAUAUCCAAUGUGACCCGACCCCUGCAUAUUUCUACCAAAUGGGCAGUCUUAAUAACUUGUGAGUUUAACGAGUGCGCGGCUUUGCUAAAGUUUUUGCAAAAAGAUGAUGGCUACGAAAACUAUAUGCCCGAAUGUGAUGAUCCAUUGCCCGACUGUGUUGAAAGUAUGCUAAUAAAAUACCCCUCUAUCCCAAAGGGUCAGCUAUUGUUUAUCAAUGCGUUCGCAGAAAGUUUAUUCGCAGGUCUCGGAGAUUGUUUCCACGAAUUGAAGUUUCUGCAUAAUAAUGUUCAAGAAAACAAGAAGUUUUGGGAAGGAAAAAUGUAA